GAGCCUGGGCAUGACAGGGGAGAAGGGCAGCCCCAAAGGACUGUCCCAGGCCGGCUGCCCCCUUCGGAGGAGACCGGGGUGUGGGGGGGCCAAAGGCCUCCAUGCUCCUGUCAGUGGCCGGUGCUUUCCUCGCGCCCCACAGCUUGGAAUGUCAGUGGCGGUCAGUGGGAGAGAAAAAAAGGGGGUGUUCUAAGGGGUAGCAGUAAGUUCCAUAAAUUGUGGUCCAGCGCUCCCUUAAGUGGGUUCUAACAUGUGCGGUGUUUCCCAGUUAGCUGAGUAUUUUGGACCCCCUGUUUUUCGAAAGCCAAGUCACAGAACCCCUCCUUUUGUAAUUAUUGAUAACUCCACGGUAGUUUUUGUUAUAUGAAUGGUGCCACGGACCCCCUGGGUGGGUUACACGGAUUCCCUGGGGUCUGUGGACUAGCAACUGGGAAGAACCACUGCCUAGCAGAAAUCUGGAAGUUUGUGUUCGACAUAAAUAGGCCUGUGCUUUUGUCAUUUGUGCAUGUCGAGGAUCAUAUUUCUUGCAGCUGGUGUUUACAAUCUCACCCGUGUUACAUAAUCCCUGAAGGCGUAUAGGGUUAGAAUCUCAGAAAUUAAGCACUUCUCCUGCCAGUACAUGAUUGCAUAGAGGCAUCAUACACCAGGACCUUGAGGGGUACUUCAGGAAUGGCUUGACCCUCUACAUAUUUCCUCCUUUUAGUAUCCUCUUGUCACAUCUUUAGUUGUACGUGGGAUUUUUCACCAGAGGACAUGGAGCUUUCUGCCAGCGAACUCAGCAUUUAUGAUAAACUCUCGGAGACCAUUGACUUAGUGAGGCAGACCGGUUAUCAGUGUGGUAUGUCUGAAAAGGCCAUUGAGAAAUUCAUCAGGCAACUCUUGGAAAAAAAUGAGCCCCAAAGGGGACCCCCACGCUACCCUAUUUUGAUGGUACUCUAUAAGGGCCUGGUUAUGCUGGGGUUAGUUUUACUAACUGCGUACUUUAUGAUCCAGCCGCAUACGCUUUCGCCACCCGAAACGACGCUCUCCAGAACCCAUGCGUGGGGCUCCCUCAUUAGUCAUAUCCGACUGCUGCCUUUACCAAUUACCAAGAAGUAUAUGCUAGAGAAGUGUCAAGACUGGUGGGGCUUGGAUUGUAGACAGAAUGUGUCUCAGACUGCCAACUGCUCCUGCUCCGUGAAGAACCUUGUGGCUGCUGCUGACCUAGGGCAGCUAUCAGAAAAACUGCUGCAAACUCAGCCUCUCUUCAUCAAGACAGGACAGUAUCGGUCUUAUGCUGAAAUGAAGCAUUUUCAGUCUCUGUACCCUGGACUGACAGAUUUCAUCAUACUGGAGGAAUCAGCUGAGAGAUGGAGCAGUCAUCCAGGGCAAGGAGUUCACAUUUUCUGGCAAAAUCCUCUGAAUAAAACUCGGAUUCUGCAGGAGACUUUUCCCAUCUUCUCUUCACUGCUGCUUCCAAAGACUAUUUCUCUGAAAAGCUGUUUUCUCAUCCACAACUCAAGACUUCAGGAUAAGACAUACAGACUGCAGAGCACCUUUGUGGUUGGAAGUGGUCAGCUUACCUUGAAUGUUAUCCCUUCUCCGUUGUGCAGAGAACAUUGCAAAACAGUGAUAGUGGAGCUGGAAGCCGGGGAUAUUGGUUUUGCAAAUGUGGAUUAUUGGACAACAGGCUUUAACUCCAGGGGAUCAGAACCUACUGUUGUUUGUGAUGGAUCUGCCAGUUAAAAACUGUCGAGAGGUGCCUUUUGCUGAGUAAGAGCACUCGGGAUCCAAGGCGAAGGAAAUGGAACACAAAAUGGAACACCAUUUCCAAGGAUGUAUCUUUACCCUGUUUUGUGCACCUGCAGUGAAGGAAGGAAUACACUUUAGAAGGGCAUCUUCUCUUGACCUUCAAGAUAACUUUGGCCUUCCCUUCAAACAUCUUGGUAGGAGUUGGAGGUGCCCCCCCUCCUUGUGUGUAGAUCUCUCCUUGAAAGCAGAUGUGUUCUGGUGUGGGGUGAGGAUGGAAUUGCUUUUUUGACACACUGUACAAGUGUGCAAUGCACUCUACAAAUUUCUUUUUCCACCUCUUCCCUAGUGUUGAGAUACGCAUUCUUGCUGCUUUCUUGGCCUGGGUCAGUUUAAUGCCAGAUCCAAGAUUUUUUUUCAAAAUGACUAAUAGUUGCAUCAAGCAGCCAAAUUUGCUAGAGGGUUUCUUCUUCUUCUUUUUUUUAACAUUUCAGAACAUGCCAAGCACUACUCUUCUGAAAACUAGGUCUUUUUGAGCUGUCUAGGUUGGACUACUUUGGUCUCAUUUAAUCACUGCCUAGGAAAUUAAAACUUUUUGUGCAUAUUUUGCUCGAACACUGUCCAGCUCUUGUUUCAAAGAUGCUGAUGGGUGGAUGCUUUUGCGGGCAGGAUUGGAACAAACAGAUUCUUAAGGCUUGUGCCAUGAAUAAUCUUGCCCUCUUCUUUCCCCCUAUGUUUUGUUAGUGUUUUCUCAUGUCUUAAUCCAUGGUUUUGAAUACAUGUUGAUUAUUCUUGAGCUCUUUCCAAGCUUUGUGCGUUUCCUCUUGCUGCUCAUGGGCUCAUCUGUGCCUUUAGAGAGGAUCAGUUUCAAGCAUGUGCUGUCUACAUUUGUAGUAUUGCUUCCCAGGAGUGAAUCUUUUAGGUUCCUGCUGCGUUAAGACAAUUUGCAGAUGUGUGAGGUUGAAGUCGGAUCCCAGUAAUGAGGGCUGGGGCAUACAAUUUAGCAUGUUUUAUGUUCUAUUGGGGAUUAUUUUGUUUCAGCCAAGUUAACAAUGCAACUUUCCACGUGAAAAGUAAAAAAAAAAAAAGUUCAUUUGUAAAUAUAGGUCAAUUUUAAGGAGGAGAUUCAAGCAAUCUCUCUAUCUUUGCUAGAAGAUAAGGUGGGAUAUAUUAAUUUUAUGAUAAUAGCAAUUAAGGGCCCCUAACUGGGUCCCAUUCUACUUGAUUUUCUGCAAAUAUGCAGAUUGCAUCUUCGCCACCUUUUUUCUGUAUAUAUUCUAUUUUGGAAACAUGCAUAAACUGAUUUGCAGUCUUAAGUGGGAGAUGCAUAUGGCAGUGAACUUAGCUGUAUGUGUGUUUAAAAGAUCAGUAUAUAAAUAAGAGGCAGCACUAUAGAGACUUGGGUUUUGGGAGGGUUGGCAUUUAAUCUGCCUCAUUCUUUAGCGUUUCCCUUAACCAGAUGGUGAACCUUCCUCCCGCCUCCCUUUUCUGCGUAGAGGAAAUUCUCACACUUUUUAUUAACCUGCUUGAAGUCCAUAAAGAAAAACUACAACUCUACAUUAGAACCCCAGGAUCAUUUUAAGCAGGUUUGUGAUGAUAGCAAGUUCAGUAGGAAAACCGUACUUUGUUUAAUUCUAAUGAAAAAGUAGAGGGAUUUAAUUGAGCAAUUACAGAACAACAUGUUCAUAUAAGUUGAAAAGGACCACAUUCCACAUAAGUUAAUAGAAGUUUCGCGACAUCAUCGUUUUACUCUCCUGGCACCUCUGCUGCUGAGAUUUACACACUGAAGCUAGCAGGUAUCGAAAUUCUUAUGUACCAGCUUUUAACCAAGGGUUAUUGUAGAUUUACACAGAGUACAGUUUGCCCUGAAUUGUGGUGUGUCAGCAUCCUUUUCCCCCACUUGCAAGUAAUGCAAAUAGCAACAAAUCCAAAGUAGAAUUUUACAUGAUGGAAGAUACAGAGAUUGAACAACACUUACAUGAACAAAGCUUUGAUAGUGAAAUGCCUGUAUUUUAGGGAAUUGUGUUAGUGAUGCUAACUGCUUAAUAGUUGGCAGGGGGUGGGGAAGAAUCAGUAUUUUAGUCAACUCGGGGUCUCUAGAGAGGAAUAGUUUUAAAGGCCAGUUUAUACAUGUGCUGCACAAGUGUUCCCAUAAAAAUGCUUUCUCUUUCCCAACCUCAAAUGCCAGUCAGGAAAUAGUCUCUUGGCCGAAGAUAAUGAAUUUGUCCUGCAUACGGACUGGCUUUCCACGUGCUCUUGGUCUUUGCAUAGGUUUCCAGAUCUUUGUCUAGGAGGUGCUAUGCACAUGUCCAAGCCUCAUUCCCUCUGGAGCUUACAUAAUUUGUUUUCAAACUUCCAGUACAUUUUCUCCUUCUCUUUCACAAGCUGCAAGGAAUUAAAACAAGUAAUUGCCCAACAAGAAUCAGAGCUCCAAGUUCUCUGAUUUUCAACUGAUUAAGAGCAUUCAAUUAGAUCAGAGUUUCUCUUGUCUGGUUUUUGGAGUGCAAGCUACCAUUCUGAAGCGUUUUUAAGCACCUGUUACCAUCCUUUUCGGCAAUGGCCAAAGAAGUUGUGUCGGCACCUUUUUGCAUUUAUGGUUGGAGAACAUAGAAAAUAAUCUUUGCCUAGAUCAGGUUCAUUGCGAACUAAAACUUAGCGCCUGUGACUAAGUAUCUAAUGAUGCAAGAAACCUAUUCUGGAGACAAGUCAGCCUCAUCAAAGCAAAACUCUCAAAGUCACUGGUGUUUGUGAUGCACAAUCAGAAUGGAAUAGUUUCCAAAAGUCUGCAGGAAGCAUGUGCUGAGAACCCUUGGAAGCUGGACAAAUUCCAAACGCCGUUGCUGUUUGUGAUGAAAUGUUCUGGUGACACACUUUUUUAAAAGAGAAGCUCAGCAAGGAAUAAAUGCAAAUAUUGGCUCUCACUAUUUUCCACACCCCUUGAAUCCUAUAUAUUGCUUCUGUUGCAUGCCAUUAAUUCUUCCCCGAAGAAAAUGUUUUUGGUUCCUUCUGUGAUCUUAGCAGUGUACCCUGGCCUGCUUUGCUCUUUUCAUCUUCUGAAGAAGCAAACUGUCUCAUCUGCUGCGCUGCAAUAUUUACAGAGAUCAAUGACUGCCCGAAAUUACAGCACAUUCCUAAAUCCUGUGACUAAAAUCCUAAGGAGGGGCUCGUCAUGGCGCCAUGGGUUGGCAGGUUUAGUUGUUAACGUUGACAAGCCAAGAUAUGAAGAUCCUUUGCCAGUUUCUUAGUAAUAAAGAUUUCUCCUUAUGAGCAAAUCAGAUUGCCUUGGUGAACUGAAGUGACGCGACAUAGAA